UAGCUAAGGGUGUGAGUUUCGGUAGGCAAUCAGAAAACUACGUCGCGACGUGGUACUCACCAUCGCGAGGCGCCUACAGAUACCGUAAACUAGUUAAUUAAUUAAUAAAUUACGGCACAUGCGUAAAGUCCUUGUUACCAAUGUAUGGACGCAAUACGCAUUCUUGACAUAGACUUGUACGUGUGAAUGCUGCUGAUUAGCUAGAAGAGACCGAAAUUCGCUAAGAAUCCAACUACUUGACCAUUUAGUGUGAACGCACCAACAUUGCUACAUUUUCUCUAGCUACUACAUGUAUGUUGUUGUUGUUUUUGUAAGUAGAACUUGCCUUUCUGGAGCUGACAGGAUACCCGCAUCUUGCGUGCUCGACCUCUCUUAGUCCUGUUUUCCGGGCGAAUCUUUCCAGGAACUGGCGGAGUCAUCACUGUAGUCAGGAACGUUUGCAAUUGUGCAUCGCCGUACAACGAGAGCGAAAAAUUGAAAUAAAUUCGUUUGAAGUGACGUCCAUCGAACAACUGGCGGCAUGGAUGGCACAGCUUAGUCAAAUUUCAUCAUAUUUUGCAGAAAAUAUCUCUACCACCUGUCACCACGUUAUUCUUCCUCAAGGCUAUGCGGAUGCUCUAGGCCUAACAGUCCUACACGCAGUUCUGUAUCGUCAGUCAGAGAAUGGCUCCAUUCUUGUUGCUCGCGAUCCUACGGACGAGUUAACUCUUCAAUUGUGGGACACUCAGCAGCUGCAUAGUUUUUCUGUGGAGUAUUUUCCUCUAAUAUUUAUGAAAUUCGAGAUAAAAACUGCAUUUGACGUUCCUGUUUAUCAAAAAACCGUUUUCGAGUUCACGUCUGUCCGAGCAGCCAAGAGAGCUUUUUCCCUAGUUGAGGAGAUGGUCAAAGAAACUCGAACUUUAAAUGAUUUAUAUCAAAAACGAGAAGUUGGAGCACGUGAUGGAAACGGUUUAUCCGCCAUUUACUACGAGUCAGUCAAGCCUCAAGCGUCUGGCAACUUGAUUUCACGUAGAGUAUUUCCUUCCCAAAUCAAUGCAGAAAGGAGAGCUUCCCAUCGUCCACAUUCUACGCCGGAUUUGGCUAUUUCGAUAUCUCCGCUGCCGGAGAGGAGACUGGGGAGUGGAAUGUCUUUUCCGCCACCGCGGCGCCUGCAUCCUCAUAUGUCUCGUGCAGUUGGUCACGUGUCACCUGUACAGUCUCGUCCAUUGCCGAGACCUCGCCUACAUACGACAAGUGUUCCCCCUCGUGACGUCAUUCGACCUGGAUUUCUAGUGCCCAAGUGAUGAUUGACGGUUUACACUAGAUACUGUAUAUACAUGUAGUUGCAUGCUGUACUAUAACAUGGUUACAACUGUACGUCUUGAUUACUACGAUAAUUAGAUAUCUGAUCUAAGUCGACAACACUAAACCUAAAUGCGGCAGAAGUGAUCGAAGGUGUAGAAGAUACACUUA